UUUUUGGGUCUGAAUUCCUCCGCUUCGAACAGCUUUCAUGGCGCUUCUGGUUCCUGGUGGGUGCGUACGAGUGGGCUUUUCACGGCCCGCGCACGUUAGACGAAGGCUAACUACGUUUGCUACCGUGUCCCCAACCCGAGGUGAUAGAGUGGACUGGGUCGAAGCAACUUCAGGCUUCUUUGAAAAUGACACGAGGCCCAUCAUGUUAUUUGACGGUGUUUGUAACUUAUGUAAUGGAGGUGUGAAGUUCGUGCGUGAUAAUGAUCGAAAUAGGAGAAUAAGGUUUGAAGCUCUCCAGAGUGAAGCAGGGAAGAAACUGCUAAGAAGGUCCGGAAGAGCUCCGGAUGAUAUUUCAAGUGUUGUUCUUGUUGAACAGGAUAGAUCCUUCAUCAAGUCAGAAGCUGUUGUGAAGAUAAUGGAAUACAUCGACUUACCCUUCCCCCAGCUAGCAUUCUUUCUACAGUUUGUACCUCUUUUCGUACGGGAUUUUCUAUAUGACAAUGUUGCAAACAACCGUUACACAAUUUUUGGUCGCUCAGACGCAUGUGAGAUAUAGGCAUUAGAAUACUUAAUUUUCCUACUAAAGGUAUGUAUAUUGGCAAGUGCGGAUCUGAUGAAUUUUGGUUUUGUAAGCUAAGUUUUGCUUUUAUUAAAUAGAGUAAAAUUUCCUUCA